GCGAGAUGGAUCGUCUUCGCUUGUUCUAGAGCAUUUAUCGCCUACCCAGACGCGCAAAACUAUGGCGCAGAGCUCGGGGAGGCCAACGCUGUCGCUGGAGCAGAAGCUCGUCGCGGAUGGAGUUGCGUCGGACGUCGUGCGCGCUUGUUGCCAACUGUUUGGGAGCUACGAAGAGGCCAAGCCCUACCUGGCGGGAGCACACACCGGGUUGCCGGGCGGCGGCGAAGUAAAGGAGUACUGGUCGCUCAAGUACCACAGGUACUACUACCACGCUGGGGACGCAGCCAACACGACGUGGGAGUUCCCACACCAGUUGCAGCUGUCCGAGUGGCUGCUGGACGCGUCCAUCAGUGGGCUGGAUGUGGGCGCCUGCCGCAAGCUGCUGAGCGCGCUGCUGUGGGCGGUGCAGACCAACGCAUACAAGGGCGAGUACCUGUGGACGGCGCUGGGGCUGCUGGGGCGGCUGACGGCCAACAUCGUGGAUUGCGGCAACACGCUGGAGAAAUACCGCACCAUCCGCAAAUCCAACCCGCGCAUUCGCGAGGCGCUGGACACGCUGGCCGGCUGCGGCGAGGCGGUGCUGCUGGCGGCGGGAUUCGUGCCCGGGCGGGGUGCCGAGGGCAACGACACACUUAUCUUCCCGGGCGCCGGCGCGGACCUGCGGCCGCUGACGCUAGUGAACGCCAAGCUACAACAGCUCAUAGCACACAAGGGGUUCACGGGCCAGGCACGGGAGCAUGAUGACACCGGGGACACGCCCGCGUCACGACACUCUGGCACGCCCGGCUUCAGGUACCAACAAGUCAUCCACGAAUGCAGCUGCUGCAGUCGGCCAAUCAACGAUGGAACUGACAAGCUGGUGACACGCAAGUUCGAUACACCACCCGGCGAGUUCCGGUACGAGUGCGAGACGUGCAGCGGCUACAACCUUUGUGAGACUUGCUGGGACAAGUUCAUGGGCGGCACGCUGUCUCCGGCGCACCCUCGCGAGCACCCCUUCCGCACGCACCAUCCUAAGGCGGCGCAGCACAACCUGCACAGCGCGGAGAGCGCCAACAACCCGUGGGGCGUGCAGCUGGCGGGCGGCAGCGCGGCGCGCGCCCGGGAGCGGCUCAAGGACCGGACAGGGUUGUAGCCCCAGUGGUGGCAAGCAUGUUUGGGGGAAUAGAAAGCGAGCAACGGUCGAUGGCGUGGGCAUGCACGGACAGUAUGUGUGCACGGACGCUACUGGGACUACGUGACUGAAUGCGGGUGGUGGAAGGAGACUGCGCUGCAGGCCGCAGGAUGUACAUGACGGUACUGAUACAAUAAUGGUGGAAGUGACACGGGCGCAAGCGUACUUGUUAACCGCUAGCGGGCACGAAGCUUGGAUGAUGGCCCAUCGCCCAGAGUUACACGGGGUGGACGGGCACAGACGCUGCGACGCACAAGGUUGAGCAUGGCAAUGAAUGGCAGGUUGGCAGGGUUUCUACAUUGGGGCCCGCUUCUUGCCGCUCCCCAAAGAUGCAAGCCCUGGACAAACGGCGGCGCCCAGGGCAAGCCAGGGGUACCCUCAGGCGAGCAGGCAACAGAUGCGUUUGGUUGUAACUCCAGGCAGGU